AUGGAGCCGGGCAAAGAGCCCCCAGUGACCACGGGGGAGAAGCCCAGCGAACCAGAGCCGGCGGUUUCCUUCCAGGCCCGGCUGUGGAAGAACCUGCAGCUGGGGGGCAAGGGCCGGAGCGGCGGCGGGCGGGCAGCAGCCGAGCGCCGCACUGCGGAGCCCCUCGCCCCGCCGCCGGCCGGAGGCAAGGGGGACCCCCAGCCCGGCGGCAAGUGGAGCGGCUUCAAGCGGCGGCGGCAGGUGCUAGACCGCGUCUUUUCUUCCUCCCAGCCCAACCUAUGCUGCUCGGCCGCCGAGCCGCUGGAGCCGACCGGCGAGUCCGGCUCCACCCUGCGCCGCCUGCGGGAGCACCUGCUUCCCCAAGGCAAGGGCCCGCCGCCCGGCCGCCGCCCGGAGCCCGCCGCCGGCUGUGAGGGGCCGGCGGGUGGCAGGGAGGGGCGCCGGCCCGGGGCGCACCUGUCCCACCAGAAGAGCUCCUCGCUGCCCAGUACCGCCUGCCUGGAGCAGCUGCUGCAGGGCUCGCCCGCCGCCGGCAGGAUCCAGGACCAGCGGACGGAGGACGGCGAAAGCAGCGCGAGAACAAGUUCAUUUGGAACUAGUAAUGCAGAUUUCCCACCUGGGGACCCUGGAAUAUACCAGUUGGAUGUUACUCUAAGAAGAGGACAGAAUCUAGCUGCACGAGACCGUGGAGGAACAAGUGAUCCAUAUGUCAAGUUCAAACUUGGAGGAAAAGAAGUAUUUAGAAGUAAAACAGUACACAAGAACCUCAAUCCUGUCUGGGAAGAAAAAGCUAAUAUUCUUAUAGAUAACCUAAGAGAACCAUUGUAUAUAAAGGUAUUUGAUUAUGACUUUGGACUUCAAGAUGACUUCAUUGGUUCGGCAUUUUUGGAUCUCACGUCAUUGGAGUUAAACAGGCAAACAGAUGUUACCUUGAGUCUGAAGGAUACUCAUUACCCCGACCAUGAUCUGGGAAGUAUCUUCCUGUCUGUUCUGUUGGCUCCUGGAGAUCAGCGAGAAGCGACAAUGCUAAUGAGGAAGAGUUGGAAAAGAUCAAGUAAGUUUCAGACCCAGAGCUUACGUCUCUCAGACCUGCACAGAAAAUCUCAGUUAUGGAGAGGGAUUGUUAGUGUUACCCUAAUAGAAGGUCGUGAACUUAAGGCAAUGGAUGCAAAUGGGCUCAGUGAUCCUUACGUGAAGUUUCGUUUGGGGCAUCAGAAGUACAAGAGCAAGAUUGUUCCAAAAACUUUGAAUCCUCAGUGGAGGGAGCAGUUUGACUUUCAUCUCUAUGAAGAACGAGGUGGAAUUAUUGAUAUUACCGUGUGGGACAAAGAUGUUGGCAAAAAGGAUGAUUUCAUUGGCAGGUGCCAGGUUGACCUCUCGACCCUGAGUAAAGAACAAACCCACAAGCUGGAGAUGCCUCUAGAGGAGGGAGAGGGAUACCUGGUGUUGCUGGUCACUCUCACAGCCUCAGCUGCAGUCACUAUCUCUGACCUCUCCAUCAACUCCCUGGAGGACCAGAAGGAGCGAGAGGAGAUACUGAAGAGAUAUAGUCCAAUGAUGAUGUUCCAUAACAUCAGCGAUGUGGGAUUUCUUCAAGUGAAGGUUAUCAGGGCAGAAGCAUUGAUGGCAGCUGAUGUUACAGGUAAAAGUGACCCAUUUUGUGUAGUUGAAUUGAACAAUGACAGACUUCUGACACAUACAGUCUACAGGAACCUCAAUCCAGAAUGGAACAAAAUCUUCACAUUCAAUAUAAAGGACAUCCACUCAGUGCUUGAAGUGACAGUUUACGACGAGGACCGCGAUCGAAGUGCUGACUUUCUAGGCAAAGUUGCUAUACCAUUGCUGUCUAUUCAAAAUGGUGAACAGAAAGCCUACGUCUUGAAAAACAAGCAGCUGACAGGGCCAACAAAGGGGGUCAUCUAUCUUGAAAUAGAUGUGAUUUUUAAUGCUGUGAAAGCCAGCAUACGAACCUUAAUGCCCAAAGAACAGAAGUACAUUGAAGAGGAAGACAGACUGUCUAAACAGCUACUGUUAAGGAACUUCAUCCGGAUGAAGCAUUGUGUCAUGGCCGUCGUUACUGCUGUCUGCUAUAUUAGCAGUUGUUUUGACUGGGAUUCUCCACCAAGAAGUCUAGCUGCUUUUUUGCUUUUUCUUUUUGUGGUCUGGAACUUUGAGCUCUACAUGAUACCACUGGCUUUGUUGUUGCUGCUGGCAUGGAACUACUUCUUGAUCGUAUCAGGAAAAGAUAACAGGCAACAUGAUACAGUAGUGGAGGACAUGCUAGAGGACGAGGAAGAAGAGGAUGAUAGAGAUGACAAGGACAGUGAAAAGAAAGGAUUUAUUAAUAGGCUUUAUGCCAUCCAGGAGGUGUGUGUCACUGUCCAGAAUAUCCUAGAUGAAAUUGCUUCUUUCGGUGAAAGGAUCAAGAAUACAUUCAACUGGACUGUCCCAUUCCUGAGCUGGCUGGCAAUUGUUGCCCUCUCUGUGUUCACAGUCAUCUUGUAUUUCAUUCCACUGAGAUACAUUGUCCUUGUCUGGGGCAUCAAUAAAUUUACAAAGAAGAUUCGAAAUCCAUAUGCAAUUGAUAACAACGAGCUACUUGACUUUCUGUCCAGAGUCCCUUCUGAUGUGCAAGUGAUGCAAUACCAUGAACUGAAACAAGAUUCUACUCACAGCCCAAGCAAGAGAAAGAAAAAUAAUCCUGCCUAGCCAACUUCAUGUGUUGAGGAGACCAGCAUCUGCCAGGGGAAGAUAAAAGAGCAAGCCUAAAAAGCAUUUCCUUUCUCUAAGCUUUUUAUUUAUCUUGCCUUUUUAUCUAGUGCAGAG